AUGGCCCUGGGAAAGUGGAGCCUGGAAGUGCUGCAGAACAGCCGAGCUUUGUUCCAGCGGAGACGGAAUCGAGAGCCGCCAGAGCCCACCGAGCCAUCAGAGAGGGAUGCGCCGCACUGGCACUGCUGUCAGGUCAGCAAAUAUUGCCGCCGCCGUGCUUGCGCCCUCUUGGGCUUCAUCAUCGUGGCGUUGAGGAUACAAUAUCUGCACGGGCGUGCUGCCCUCCUCUCGCGGAGGGCGGUGAUCACCUGCGCCGACAUGACGAGCUUACGCUCUGCUUUGGAGACGGCCAAUUCCAGCAACUGGCCUCGCUUCAUGCAGGAUGCGGACAAUGCCACGGAAGAGCGCUGCAGGGACCUGGGGCCAGACCAGGAGCUCGAGGAGCCUCUUGGAGCGGGUGCCGGCAGUCUCGUCGACCACUUUUCCACAGAGAUGAACAAGCUGCUGCCGCCUCAGUAUCGCUUCGACAUCAUCACGCUCGUCUUGGUGACAGUCGCUUUCUUGUAUCUGGUACAGACCAGUGACGAGCGUCCGACGCCCCGUGCCCGUCGUAGCCACUCCUUCGCCCUUUCUACACUGACGGAGUCCCUGGCCCUGUCGGCGGUGGCAGAGACCCAGGAGUCUAAAGCAGUGAAGCGACUACAAGCAGCAUAUUUCGACCUCGUCUGCCGCAUGCGCCCAGAUCGAUCGGGCAAUUUCCAAGUCGGCGCGCUGCCCCAUCAGCCUGCGCUGCCGGAGCAUGCCGAGCACCUGGAGGUAAAAGCGGCCAAGCCGGUGCGCCUCCUCUUUCUGCACGCCUCGCCCCUCUGCGUACUCACGCGUGGGCCGAAUGGGCAGUCGAAGUACGCCCCCCUGCCGCGGCUGAAGAUCGACCGCGAGGUCCACGCCGUACGCGAAGCAUUGCAAGGAGCCAUCGACGUGAAGGUGAAGACCGCCUCCAUCCACAAUCUCCGCAAGGCGGUCACAGAAGGAAAUCUUUGGCUCCACCUUUCUGCGCAUACCGCCAACGAGAGCACCUUGGUGCUUGAGGAUGGUUUCGGAGGCACCGAGGCUCUCACCCUGCAUGCUUUGGUGCGGCUGCUCCGGAGUGGGGGCACAGAUGCGCCGGCUGCCUUCUUCGUGUUCCUGUCGAACUGCCGAUCGGACACGCUUGCUGCAGCAUUCUACUCCGCCGGCGUGCAGCACAUCGUGUACACGAAUCGAGCUGUCACCGACCACUGCGCCAGCCGCUUUGCCAAGAGUUUCUACCUUGCCAUGGCAUGCCGGCGCUCUCUGCGAAAUGCCUUCCGCAUCGCGCUGUCGGAGGUCGAAGCCGACCUCGAGGGAGGCGACUCUGGAUUUCGCCUCUUCUCGAACGGCGAUGUCCUGCUGCAGGUUCCUGAAGUUGCUCAUCCAGAUCUAUCCCCGAAGGCCUAUGAAAACCUUCCUGGCCCCGUGGAAGACUUUGUUGGCCGCGAGGAGAUAAUGCUCUCUGUGCUUCAGCACCUCGCGCACCGCAGAGUCGUCGUGCUACACUGCCCGCGCAGGCUCGGGCUCACCGCCACCUUGACGAUGAUCGCCCGGUACAUCUCUGCCCCGGGCCGGAAAUUCUCUGGCAGCUGCAUUUUUGGAGAGGCACAGCCGCUGAAGAAAGGGCUCCUCAUCAUCGAUGAUGCCGAUUCGGCUUUGCUGGAGCAUGCGGAAGUUUUGAAGCAGAACCUGGAGUCCGACAAGUUCUAUCUGCUGGCGGGGUGCUCCAAACCGCAAUGGGAACUGUUUAGUGACGUGGUCAAGGCGGUGCAUGUAGAGCUGCCACCGCUAUCUUUGCUGGAGUCUGCCACGCUGUUUUUGCAACGAUGUCACCGGCCCCUUACACUGGAAGAUGUGCUGCACCCCAACUCGACGGACGAGAGAGUUGUCAAGAAGGAGCCUCUUCCCAAGGAGAGGGCCAAGCAACUUUUAAAGCCCAUGGCCUCUGUGUUUGAAGGCGACCCUCGCCUAAUUCGUCAGGCUGCCGGUAAGGUCACUCCGAACCGCCCGCCCUUGCAUGGAGACUUGGAGAGCCUGAAGGCAGAAUGCAUCGGUGCUCUCGAAGCGAAAAAGACACCAUGCCUGUGGUCAUGA